CCCGAGACUGGGCUGGAGUCGCGCGUGCCGCUCGCAGGGAGGCAGCUGGGCGUCCUGAGCCGUGGCCGCAGCGCGCAGCUGGCAGAGUCUCUCGCCUGGCCACGCACUUGCCUCCUCUGGGGCCUCCAGGAACCUCUUCGCGCCCUCCUUGGCAGCCCGGCCCCAGCAGGAGCCACCAGCCUUGGCCUGGGCUGCAUUUGCCGCUACUCGCUGUGCCCGGGACAGAGGGACGCCCGCCCCGUCACGUGUGUUCAAGUCCUCCGCCAGCCGGGGCAGCGUGGUUCCCAUGGUUCAAGACUGUUGAUGGAGAAGUGGGCGGAUGACAGCCGGCACUGUGGUCAUCACUGGGGGCAUCUUGGCAACUGUGAUUCUGCUCUGUAUCAUCGCUGUUCUGUGCUACUGUCGGCUUCAGUAUUACUGCUGCAAGAAGGACGAAUCGGAGGAGGACGAGGAGGAGCCCGACUUCGCUGUGCACUCACAGCUGCCGCCCCUGCAUUCCAACCGCAACCUUGUGUUGACCAACGGGCCUGCUCUCUAUCCAGCUGCUGCCACCUCUUUCAGCCAAAAGUCCCCACAGGCCCGUGCCCUCUGCCGCAGCUGCUCACACUACGAGCCGCCCACCUUCUUCCUGCAGGAGCCAGAGGACGACGAAUUUGAGGGUGUGCGCAACGGUGGGGGCCGCGUGGCCUACAAAAGCAUCAGCCAGGAGGACAUGGAGCUGCCCCCUACAAGCUUCGGGGGCCUGCAGGCGCUCAACCCUAACCGCCUCUCCGCCAUGCGUGAGGCCUUUUCCAGAAGCCGCAGCGUAAGCACCGAUGUGUGACAGGCCUCCAUCCUGCCGGGGCACCCAGCUCUGGAGGGUCCUGAGAUCAUGGCACGAUCCCCAUGGCAUACCCUGGCCCCAAGCCCAGACCUCUGCUCAGUCAAGUCUUCCCUGCGUCCCUGUCCUGGGGGCUCCAGGCGUGGGGAACCCCCAGGCCCUCUACAGGGAUAAAGCCCAAUGAACCAGAUCUGGCAGUUGUGGGUAGGGACGGCUGGCUCAAGAAGGGAGGCAGGGAUAGGAGGGUAAGGUAAGGCUGUGUUGGAGCACAGGGGCCAGGUCCUGCUUCCAGGAAGUGAGAGGGUGGGUAAGGCCAACUCCAGCAACUUGUCUGUCUCUGGCUUCAUGGUCUUAGCCCGUCACUCCCUCACCAGGCCUUGGCCUUCCUACCUGCUCAACGGAGCACAGGCCUCACUGGCUGCCAGUGGCUCUACAAGCACGAACCUUCCUUAGAGACUGUGGACGGAAUAAAUAUUCUGUUCCUUUCCCAUCCCUCUCCCUACCCUCUCUCCGUUCCUUCUCCCAGCCCGUCUGUCUCACACUCCUGAACCUAGGUGCCGAGCCUCUGCCCCAAGCUUGAGAUGCUCGUUGCUCUGGCCUCCCUGAAGAUGGACAAGACUCCUCCCUACAGAAGGGAGACUUUAGGAGACAGCAGUGCUCUUGGAUGCUUGCUCUGUCCCGAUCUGCUUUUGGUUGAGAGAGGAAGCACAGCCACAGAGGACACUGGGAGGGUUGACACUAAAACGUACACAUCCAGCGCUUAGCCCUAAACCCAGGCAACCGACAGACACAAUCCAGCGAGGUUGCUGAGGUGCUGGAGGUGGCCCUGCUGUGCACUAGUGGGUCUUACAUGUCAACUUGCCGUGACUCUUAGGUCAUUCUACCCAUGGGCUUGCCUCCCCAUCUAUGUAGUUUGGGGGUGGGGGGCUGGCUGACGAAAGCCCUUUGAACUCUAGUCCCUCAGUGGGGGAAGCCGAGCUAUAGACCAUACACUUCGUGUCUCCUGCUUGAAACGAGACCCCAGGCCCAGCCAGCCAGAGCUCGCCACCCCUGUGCGGAAGCCUCAUCUCUACCCAUGCUGCUCCAGGUCCUCAACUGGCAGAGGAAUUGGUGUCAGGUGACCACCCCUUGAAGGUGCCCCAAGCCUAGGACCCUAGCCAUCCGGAGUGUAGUUCUCUGCUCCGAAA